CUCCUCCCAUAAUGUGUUCUUUGUCUCAGGGAGACAGUCAGGAGUAGUUGAGACCCACAGAGGAAUGUGUUGUGCAUCGUAGUAGAUCUAUCUCCUGCUGCUAUCAGCUUCCAGAGAGAUAUCUGAAGACGUCCCUGGUUUCCUGCAUCAAACACAACGACAAGCAUUUCUACACAGGAGGUUGGAAUCAUUUCUACACAGGAGGGUGACAUGGACGAGGGCAGUGUGAGGAAGAGGAAGGACAUGUUUAAUGGAGGACCCGCCCCCGACCCAACCUCCAAUAUGUCUGCCUCCCACUACAAGCCUGCUGAGGAAGACGUGAAGGCUACCGUGCUACAGAAAGAGGUGGGCCUUUUGAGUGGGAUCUGUCUGAUCGUAGGAACCAUGAUCGGCUCCGGCAUCUUCAUCUCCCCUAAGGCAGUGCUGCUGGAAACGGGAGCCGUAGGACCUUGUCUGUGUGUCUGGGCCGCCUGCGGGGUGCUAGCUACACUGGGGGCGCUGUGCUACGCGGAGCUGGGCACCAUGAUCACUAAGUCUGGAGGCGAAUACCCAUACCUGAUGGAGGCCUUUGGGUCAGUGAUGGCCUACCUCUACUCAUGGAGCACCAUCAUGGUCCUAAAGCCCUCCUCCUUCGCCAUCAUCGCCCUGAGCUUCGCAGAGUAUGCCUCCACGCCGUUCUACCCAGGAUGCACUCCUCCCAUUGUGGUCACCAAGUGCCUGGCUGCAGCGUGCAUAUUUAUGAUCGUGUUGGUGAACUGUCUCAGUGUGAAGCUAGCCAGCUAUGUCCAGAACUUCUUCACUGCAGCCAAGCUUCUCAUCAUCCUGGUCAUCAUAGUGGCGGGCAUCGUCCUCUUGGCACAAGGAAACACUGAGAAUCUGUCCAACCCAUUUGAAGGAGCCUCAACCUCCUUUGGAUCCAUUGGACUGGCGUUUUACAACGGGCUCUGGGCCUACGAUGGGUGGAAUCAGCUGAACUUUAUAACAGAGGAGCUGGAAAACCCAUACAGAAACCUUCCCCUGGCCAUUAUCAUUGGUAUUCCCUUGGUGUCUGUGUGCUAUGUGCUGGUCAACAUUGCCUACUUCAGCGCCAUGACCGCUACGGAACUACUACAGUCUCCCGCUGUCGCUGUGACUUUUGGUGACAGAGUGCUGUACCCCCUGUCGUGGGUAGUCCCUGUGUUUGUCGUCUUCUCCACCUUCGGAGCGGCCAAUGGGAGCUGCUUCACAGCCGGCAGGUUGACCUAUGUGGCAGGAAGAGAGGGUCACAUGGUAAAGAUCUUGUCCUAUAUCAGUCUGAAGCGUUACACUCCUUCCCCCGCCCUCAUCUUCAAUGGUAUUCUGGCCGUAUUCUACAUUAUCCCAGCAGACAUCAACACCCUGAUCAACUACUUCAGUUUCGCCCAGUGGGCUUUCUACGGCCUCACAGCUCUCGCUCUCAUCGUCAUGCGAUUCACCAGGAAGGAACUCAAGAGGCCCGUCAAGUGUCCCAUUCCCAUAGCAGUGCUGGUGGUGAUAGUGUCCUGCUACCUGGUCCUAGCACCGAUCAUAGACAAGCCAGAGCUGGAGUAUCUGUACUGUACCAUCUUCAUCCUCAGCGGUCUGCUGCUCUACUUCCCCUUCGUUCACCGCAGGUUCAGCUGGACACGCAGGGUCAUGAGGCCAAUCACCAUGCACCUCCAGCUGCUGAUGGAGGUCGUUCCUCCUGAGAAAAACGAAUAGAGGAAGAUAAUAAACAGCCUGAACUGACUGAUGUGGACAAAUGUCUUUCAGUGCAUCCCAAAUGGUACCCUUUUCCUUAUGUGGUGCACUACCCCAUAGGCCCUAGUCAAAAGUAGUGCACUACUUAGGGAAUAGGGUGCCAAUUGAGACACAGCUUUAGAAAUGAAGCUACUGUACUGUCUCAUAAUGAAUGUUCUGUACUGUCUCAUAAUGAAUGUUCUGUACUGUGUCAUAAUGAAUGUUCUGUACUGUGUCAUAAUGAAUGUUCUGUACUGUGUCAUAAUGAAUGUUCUGUACUGUGUCAUAAUGAAUGUUCUGUACUGUGUCAUAAUGAAUGUUCUGUACUGUGUCAUAAUGAAUGUUCUGUACUGUCUCAUAAUGAAUGUUCUGUACUGUGUCAUAAUGAAUGUUCUGUACUGUGUCAUAAUGAAUGUUCUGUACUGUGUCAUAAUGAACUAAUUGACUAGAUGUAGGAGGUCAAUGGCUGCAUCUCAACUCACACCCUAUGGUCUCUUUGGUCUGUGUCUCAAUCACACCCUAUGCCCUAGGUAACGGGGCGCCAUCUCAAAUCACACCCUAUGCCCAGGGGAACGGGGCGCCAUUGGUCUGUAUCUCAAAUCACACCCUAUGCCCUAGGGAACGGGGCGCCAUUGGUUUGCAUCUCAAAUCACACCCUAUGCCCUAGGGAACGAGGCGCCAUCUGAAAUCACACCCUAUGCCCUAGGGAACGGGCGCCAUCUGAAAUCACACCCUAUGCCCUAGGGAACGGGGCGCCAUCUCAAAUCACACCCUAUGCCCUAGGGAACGGGGCGCCAUCUCAAAUCACACCCUAUGCCCUAGGGAACGGGGCGCCAUUGGUCUGCAUCUCAAAUCACACCCUAUGCCCUAGGGAACGGGGGGCA